AUGGAUGACAGAGCGUCCAAGGCGCUUGGCGCAGAGAGUGUGGAUCGCAUGUUGGCUGAGACAAAUCCGGGCAGUCCUACUGUGCGCACCGUUUUACGCUUGACUGAUGAUCUGGCUUUGAUUGAACAAACCAGAAGCACUGAUGGAGAUGAUCUCGCGCAGAAGAUCAUCGGAACGUCCAGCGCAAGUUUCUUGGGUGCCGUCCUGCGGAUGAACGAGUUGAGGGAACAAGCACGUCUGACCCGCAUUGCCAAGCAGGAGAAGGCUGACCUAAACCUUUCGCGAGUCGCGUACGAGAGCAUGUACGGUCUGAAGACGCGACGAGUAGAGGCGGAUGAACGGAGGUCUUCUCAGGUGCGCUCCUCUAGGCGUCUUUCCGGGCUUGCGUAUGAUGCAAGCGGCCGACGGUUGUCGCGCCGCUCCCUUCAAUCUGCAGAGGAGGAGGAGCUUCUGGAAACUGAUGAUGAAGAUGAGCUUGCAGAGUCCUUCCGCAAGUUUGACAAGUGGACCGCCAAGCACUUGCGACGAAGGAUCAGGAGGCGGCCAAAGUUUGUGGCGCCAAUCUCGCAACGUCCAGUGCUGGACAUGAGCUUGGUGGGCCUUCACGGCUGA